UGCUUUCUAGUGCUAGUGCAAGUGUCAAUUGCAAAAUUACAAUAUGUUUGUUUUUAUUUAUAUUAGUGUAAACAUAAGCUCUGGUUUAAAUUAAUAGCAGAAACUUAAAAUUUAUAAUAUUAGUUGACUUCUAUAGAGAGGGAGAAUAUAUUGAAAUAUACUAUUUAUUAAUAACAGUCCGUAUAUAAUGGAUUUGUUUGGUGAUCUCCCAGAACCUGGUAAAGAUGAAACUGCUGAAGAAAAGCCAGUUGUUUCUGAAGCCGGGUCUUGGGGUAAUGUCGAUACCGAUUUUUUUUCUGACUUGCCAUUACCCUCUUCAACAACUGAAUCUAGAGGGAUUAAAAGAAAAUUAGAAGAGAAUAACAGUGAUGAAAUUUCAUCUAAUAAUGGAGAAGAGACAAAAGAAGCUUUGUAUUCUAUUCAAGGAUUCUCUGCUGAAAAAAAAGGAGAGAGGGAAGAAAUGCAGGAUUUUCAUGUAGUGAUUGAUGAUUUCCAUAAACAAAUACCAGGUCUACAUCCCUCUGUCUCCAGAUUGUCUUACUAUGCUGUAUAUGAUGGACAUGGAGGAGUCAGAGCUUCGAAAUUCGCUUCCUGUCACCUGCAUCAAAAUUUGGCUCAAAAAUUUCCCAAGGUACCAUUACCGCAGAUUGAAAAAGAAAUAAAAAGAACUUUAACAGAAGCUUUUAGGAAAACAGAUGAAGAAUUUUUGAAGCAAGCAACAAAAACAAAACCAUCUUGGAAAGAUGGAACUACUGCAAUUGUUGUUUUGGUCUUGCAUAAUAUUUUAUACAUAGCUAAUUUAGGAGAUAGCAAAGCUAUCCUAUGCAGGUACAGUCAUAAGUCUGGUAAGUAUGUUGCUAUUCCCCUGAGUAGUGAUCAUUCUCCUCAAGACUAUACUGAAAGGAUGCGUAUUCAAAAGGCUGGAGGAAAUGUAAGAGAUGGAAGAGUAAUGGGCGUCAUUGAAGUUUCAAGGUCAAUAGGUGAUGGCCAAUAUAAAGCACUUGGAAUAACUUGUAUUCCUGAUAUAAAGCGGUGCCAAUUGACUGACGAUGAUGCUUUUAUUCUGUUAGCAUGUGAUGGUCUGUGGAAGGUUUUCACUUCUGAAGAAGUUUUAAACAUAGUUUUAGAUUCCAAAAAGGACAAUAAAAGUGGACCUGAUGCAGAAAUAUGUUUUGAAACUGCUUGCAACAGACUUGUAAAUGAAGCCAUUCGAAAAUAUAGUGGAGAUAAUGUUACUGUGGUUCUUGUGUCUAUCAAGAAACAUUCCUAAAAAAAAUGUUGAAUGAAUUGGAAAAUAUUGUGAAAUGCUUCAUAAUCAUAGUUAAAUGUUAGUUAGUCACUCUAUGUCAUAAUCUUUUUCAUAUUUUUGUUUCUUUUAUUUUGAAGUGAAUGAAAUGCUCUUUUUAAUAGGUAUUAAUUGCUUGUAAUAUGAAUUUGUAUUUUUUCUUCAUCUGUAUAUAUACACUUUUUCUUCAGUUUAUUGAAAAUUCAUAUUUAUAUAUGUUUCUUAUGCAUUUAAGAUAAUAAGAAAAGCACAGCUGAUGUUAAAAGCGUAGACGAAAUAUCAUUUAAAAAAAAAUAAAUUUAAAUCUCACAAUUCAUUGAUAGAAACUAGUACAAUAUAAUCCCAUUUAUCUCAAUUUCAUUUGUCCAAUCACUUUGAGGGAGGUGGAGAUUCUUUUAGGCAAAACUUUCCUGAAUAAAAACACAUACAGACAGUGAAACAGUUAGCUUAAUGUUUUCAAACAUUGAUAUUUUAAUAUAGUAUGCAAGUAUAUAAAAAUAUAAGCAACAUUGUUUUAUUGUCAUUAAAUUGAUACAAUAAGUAAUGCCUCUUCUUCUUAUUCCUCUAAGAUAUAAAUUUUUAAUAAUCAUACAGAUAUUUGUUUAUCUUGAAUAAUUUGGUCACAAUUAAUCUCAAUAGCUGGAAUUCAAUCUUGUAUGUGAUUUAAUUUUUCUAUAUCUCUUAAAAUGUUUUUAUCACUGCUUGUAGAAUUUGCAGACAGUAUAUUAUUUAACAGGAUCAUGGAUCAAUAUAGCUAAGUUUUAAAUUAUUAAUGAUGUUAAAAAAAAUAGUAUAUUACUGAAGCAAAUUAUGUAAAAGAAAAGUGAUUGUACUGAACAUUUAAAUUUUACAAUAGGCCUCUGUGAAUUGUACAAAUGAAAAUUUCACUUUAUGCUCGACUGCAAAUGAAAAUUUAACAGUUAUACUUUACUUAUAAGGCCACCUUAAGGAAAUUAUAUCUCUGCUAUUUGUACUUCUUUUAAAAAGAUGAAGACACUUGAAAAAUUGUUCAGCAUCUACUGUGUCUAGCUUGUUAUUAAUAAUGAAUGAUCUUUUACCCAAAACUUAUUAGGCAGCUCUAGUAUAUUGCUAAUUUACUUUUGUUUUUUGAAGCCUGUUUUUUGUUGUAGAGAUUAAUUUUAUGAAAAGUCAUUCUCAUUUAAAAGAAAUUUAUGAAAUCUGAAUGCAGUUCUUUACAAAAUGUUAUCGAAAACUUUGAUGUUCUUUUUCAGUGCAAUUUUAAUUACUCAAAAUCUAAUGACCUUGAAAAGAUGCACAUAUUUUUACUUUCCUAUGUGAAGAAGUUAUUUAAUAAAUGAAAACAUAUCCAAACUUUUUUAAAGUAGCAUUUGAAUGUUCAUCAUUUUGAAUUUCUCAAACCUCCGUUUCUCUUUUUUAUUGCAAAGACUUAUUGUAUUUGUUACUCUCAUAAAACUAAUCAUAUUAAAUGUUUUGAUGGCUUAGUCUAAAAAAAUGGAUCACUUGACAAAAAUAAUUGUUUAUGGAAAACCUAGUCUUUUUAUAUAUUAACAUCUGUUUCUGUUGUGCUAAGUUUUUUUUUUUUUGGUAACAUAAUAUGUAAGAGCUUCUAAGCGAUUAGAUAAUAAAUUUUAAAAUAAUGGAUAUUGAUUUUAAAUUAUUACACAUUGAACAUACUUUGAAAAAUGU